CUGCUGAAAACAAUACUCAUCUUAAAUCCUCUAUUAACGACCCGAUUCAUCACUUUUUGGGAACAGAUAUCUCGUAUGAUAAUCCUUUGUUCUGUGAUCUCGCAGAUCUUCGCUAAAGAGCAAGCAGCGUUGCGCACACUUGCAGAUAUCUUCCUUGUUCUCCUCAGUUAAAGCCAUGAAGAAGCAGAAAUCCCCUGCAACUCAGAACCCGUUUGAUGUUCUCUCUGAGGAGCUCGUCUUCACCAUCCUCGACCUCCUUAAUGCGAACCCACUUGACAAAAAAUCAUUCACCCUAGUUUGUAAAUCUUUCUAUACCAUCGAAGCUAAACAUCGCCGAACCCUGAAACCUCUUCGCUCAGAACAUCUCCCCUCUGUCUUGAAUCGAUACCCAUGUGUAACCCAUCUCAAUCUUUCCCUUUGCCGUCGAGUCACCGAUAGCUCCUUGGCUUUUGUGGCCGACGCUUACAAAGAAACGCUUCAACGGAUUGAUCUGUCCCAGUCCAAGUUCUUCUCCUGUAAUGGGUUGCUUAAUUUAGCUAUGAAAUGUAAGAAUCUGGUGGAGUUAGAUUUAUCGAACGCGACAGAGCUGAGAGAUGCGGCGGCUUCUGUGGUGGCUCAGUUUUCGAACUUGGAGAAGUUGUGGCUGGGGAGGUGCAAGCUGAUUACGGACAUGGGAAUUGGGUGUAUUGCAGUCGGGUGUAGAAAGUUGAGGUUGAUUUGCUUGAAGUGGUGCGUAGGUGUUGGCGAUUUGGGGGUGGAGUUGAUUGCUAUCAAGUGUAACGAACUUCGUUGUUUAGAUCUCUCUUAUUUACCUAUCACAGAUAAAUGUCUGCCGUCAAUUUUUAAAUUGCAACAUCUUGAGGAUUUGGUUCUUGAAGGAUGCUUCGGCAUUGAUGAUGACAACCUUGAUGUCUUCAAACAAGGUUGCAGAACAUUAAAGAAACUUGAUAUCUCUGGCUGUCAAAACAUAACUCACACUGGUCUAUCUGCACUCACAAGCAGUUUUGGAUAUCUUGAGCAACUUACUUUAGCAGAUGGUUCUCCUGUGACUCUUGCUCUGGCUGAUGGGUUGAACAAACUUGCGAUGUUGCAAUCAAUCAUAUUAGAUGGCUGCCUGGUUACUUCAUCCGGAUUAAUGGCCAUUGGAAAUUCAUGCAUUUCGCUAAAGGAGCUGAGUUUAAGCAAAUGUGUGGGAGUGACAGAUGAAGCUCUCUCACUCGUUGUUUCAAAACAAAGAGAUUUAAGAAAGCUUGACAUCACAUGCUGCCGCAUGAUAACUGACAUUUCCAUUGCAAGCAUUGCAAAUUCUUGCAUCAAUCUUACUUCUCUCAAGAUGGAGUCAUGUGGCCUAGUUCCAAGAGAAGCAUUCAUCCUGAUUGGACAGCGAUGCCAUUCUCUCAAGGAUCUUGACCUAACUGAUAAUGAAAUUGAUGAUGAAGGCCUUAAAUCCAUUUCUUCUUGUGCUGGACUUUCCAACCUAAAGUUAGGAAUCUGCCUGAACAUAACUGACAGGGGACUUUCCUAUGUUGGCAAGUGCUGCUCAAAGUUGAAAGAGCUAGAUCUAUACAGGUCUACAGGAAUAACAGAUUCAGGUAUUUCAGGAAUUGCUCGUGGUUGCCCUGAACUUGUGAUGAUUAAUGCAGCUUAUUGCACUGCCAUCACUGAUAGCUCCUUACUAUCCUUGUCGCAAUGCUCUAAGUUGAAAACGCUUGAAAUUCGUGGGUGUACUCUUGUGACAUCAAUUGGUCUAGCAGCUAUAGCAAACAAGUGUAAGCUGCUUACUUGUCUAGACAUAAAGAAAUGUUACAACAUCGAUGAUAGGGGGAUGAUUUCAAUAGCUCAUUUCUCCCAAAACCUAAGACAGAUAAAUUUUUCAUACAGCUCAAUUACUGAUUUGGGCCUACUUUCCCUUGCUAGCCUCAGUAGCCUACAGACCUUUACAGUUUUCCAUGUAGAGGGCUUGACUCCAAGAGGACUGGCUACUGCUUUAUUGGCAUGUGGAGGGCUAAAAAAAGUGAAGCUUCAUCUUUCGUUAAGAUCAUUGUUGCCUGAUCCAUUUAUCAAACACAUGGAAGGGCGUGGGUGUGUAUUUGAGUGGAGAAAUAAAGUGUUCCAGGCUGAAGUGGAUCCCAAGUGUUGGAAGCUACAGCUGGAAGAUCGGACGCAUUAGAGAUGUCAUAGAGAAGGGUCUUGUGUGUAUUUACAAUCCAAACCCAUUUGAUUCAAAAGAAGAAUAAAGAUGAAGAGAAAUAGGAAGUGAUUUGUGCAUGUACUCUUCGCUACAUGUAAAUGUAAUGGUGCCACCCUUUUGUGAAUUGUUGUAGCAGUGCAACUAAUGUCUUUCCUGAACUUUGCAACUAAAUUAGCUUCAAUGAUACUCUUACUAUUUUGUGAGAAAAUGUAGAAGUC